AUGGCCAACACGCCAAACAGCACUCCGGUGUGCGCACAGCCACACCACAAUGGCUCCUCACACCUGCACCAGCCACACCACACCGCCACACCACACCACCACAGUGGACGAAUGGCCCCGGAAGACAAGAGAGAGAGGCGGAUGGAACCAGACCCCUAUAUAAAAGGUGUGGCCCCGCCCAUCAAUCAGUGGGACAAAAACCACAGCGCUGCACUAGGAGGGUAUGGAUUUAUCAACAGCUGCCUCCAGUCUCUGGUGAUGGAGAGGUUUGGUCAAGAUACCUGGGACAAACUGAGCUCUUUACCAGGGGUCCAGGAUACCUUCAUGACAUAUACAGUUUAUGACGAUAUCCUGACACUAAGACUGGUGGAGGAGGUCUGCUCACUGCUGGAUGUUUCUGCUGAUGUAUUUCUGAAGCUCUUUGGAGAACAUUUCUUUAAUUUUUGUAAGCAAGCGGGCUAUGACACCAUGCUGCGGACACUGGGAGGGAAUCUAAUUGAAUUCAUUGGAAAUCUGGAUGCUCUCCAUAGUUAUCUGGCUCUGUCCUAUCAGGAAAUGAAUGCACCGUCUUUCCGAGUAGAGAUGACAGAUGAUGGGAAGAUGCUACUUCACUACUACUCUGACAGGAAGGGCCUGCACCCUAUUGUACCUGGUAUCAUGGAGGCGGUUGCCAGGGAGUUCUUUGACAGCAAAGUGACCAUGGUGGUUCUAAACCAAUCAGAGGAAGAUGAGCGAACAGGGAAGAAGGAGCAUGUUGUGUUUCUGGUCAAACAGAUCAACCAAGUACAAAAGACUAUAGACCAGGACUACCCCAGUCAUAAAGGGGUGGGUAUCUGUGCAUGUUUCUACAUGUACUGUAUAUAUACUAUAUGUACUAUGUGUGUCUCAUUGUUUGUUCCCCAGGAGGAAUUUUUGAAAAGUAUGAAGGACAGAUAUGUGUCACUGGCUGAGAAGAAGAGUGGCUGGGACCUGAUCAGAGCUGUGGUCCUCACAGAAAAAGGCAGCCACCAGUGCACCUUCAGACCAUGUUACCCAGACAAGCUGUGGAUGGAAGAGAAGGCUUUCUGCAAUGCUUUUCCCUUCCAUAUUGUCUUUGACGAAGAUCUGAAGAUAAGGCAGACAGGGGUGAAUAUACAGAAGUUUGUUCCAGGUCUUCAGGCCAGAGAUGCUGCACUGGAUCAGUACUUCACUGUUAUACACCCACAGGUGACUUUAACCAUUGAGAGCAUCAGGAAAUUCAUCAACAGUCAAUUUGUCUUGAAGAACUACAAUGACCAACAUUCCAUGCUCAAACUAAGAGGUCAGAUGUUGUGGAUGGAUUCUCUUGGCUGUAUGUUGUACCUAUGUUCUCCAAAGCUACGAAGCCUCAAGGAACUUCAAGAUGUUGGCCUUCACCUGGCUGACCUGGCCCCGCAUGACGUCACUCGAGACCUGGUUCUCCUCAACCAGCAGCGUCUAGCAGAAAUGGAGCUGACCAACCAGCUGGAGAGAAAAAAAGAGGAACUGAGAAUCCUGUCGCAUCACCUGGAGGCUGAAAAACAGAAGACUGAAACUCUGCUGUAUGCCAUGCUUCCACGUCACAUCGCCAACCAGCUUAAAGACGGGAAGAGCGUAAAGGCAGGGGAGUUUGAGGUGUGCACUAUUUUGUUCAGUGAUGUGGUCACCUUCACUAACAUCUGUGCUGCCUGUGAGCCCAUCCAUAUUGUUCACAUGCUUAACUCCAUGUACUCGAAGUUCGACCGACUCACGAACAUACAUGACAUCUACAAGGUUGAGACUAUUGGAGAUGCGUACAUGGUGGUGGGGGGAGUCCCAGUCCCUACAGAAACACAUGCUCACAGAGUGGCAAACUUUGCUCUGGGUAUGAGGAUAGCUGCCAGAGAGGUGACAAACCCUGUAACAGGAAAACCCAUACAGAUCCGUGUGGGUCUCCAUACCGGCCCAGUGUUAGCUGGGGUGGUGGGGGAGAAGAUGCCCCGAUACUGCCUGUUUGGAGACACUGUUAACACUGCGUCCAGGAUGGAGAGUCAUGGACUACCUGACCACAUUCACCUCAGGACCUCCACAUACAGUGAGCUGAAGGACGCAGGGUUCAACAUACAACAGCGUGGGCAGAUUGAGGUGAAGGGUAAAGGCCACAUGACCACUUACUUCCUGUUGGGGAACCUGUUGGCGUCAGAAGAGAGCAUCAUGGGAAGAGAGGUUGGGAAGAGUCUUUACAUGGAGGUCCUUGAUGACCAGAGAAAACCAGGUGAAGAAGAAAAGAUACAUUCCACACCACCACCUCUCCAGACUCUCUCCAACACCUACCUACAGAUGACGUCAUGCAUGGACAUCAUCGUCCACGAAGACUCCUGUCUGACCUCAGCUGUCAACCUGUCCAUCACCACUGUAAAUAAGAAGAGCUCAGAGACGAUCCUCGAUGUAAUCCCACCUCCACCUUGA